GCCGUACGGUGGCGUCAUCGGGAGGCGCCGGCUCGGCGAUGCUGGAGGCGCUGGUGGCCGGCGGCGCGGAGGGGCUGGUCCUCGUGCGAGACAACGCCGCCUGCGAGGGUCGCAGCCUCCUCCGGGCCUUCGUCACCGCCGCCGUGCAGAGGGCCGAGCGCGUCCUCGUCGUCCUCUUCGACGUCCCCCGGGAGCAGUUCGAGGCCGGGCUGAGCCCCUCAGUGAAGGAGCAGCUCCUGUACCGCGAUGGCUUCACGGACCCCCUGGGCUGGAGUGGGCCGGACCCUGACCUGCGGGCAGGCGAUUUCGGGGGGCUCCUAGCGGGGGGGCUCCCCCCGGGGGGGCCCCUGACGCUGGUGCUGGACUCGCUCAGCUGGCUGCUGCUGCGCCUGCCCCCCCCCCGCCUCUGCCAGGCCCUGGGGGCUCUGCUGGGGGGGGCCCCCGGCUCCGCCCGCCCCUCCUGCCUGCUGGCACUGCUGCACGGGGACCUGCACCCCCCUGGGCUGCUGCAGGCGCUGGGGGCCCUGGCCACGACCCAGCUCAUCCUGGGGGGGGCCCCCCCCAGCCCGGGCACCCUCCGACUUGCCAGCGUGCUCAGCCGCCCCCGCAGGGGGGGGGUCAGGCAGAAGGACGAGAGCUUCACCCUCCUGCCUGAUGGCUCCCUGCGCUCCCUGGGGGUGCCCACCCCCACGCCGGAGGAGGAGGAUGGGAGACCCCCCCCUGCAGCCCGGACGCCUGGGUCCCCCAGGGAUUCAGGGGGCCGGGCCCCCUCCCACCCCCUCACCUUCCGCCUGCAGCUGUCUGCGGCUGAGCGGGCAGCACGGGCAGCUGUGCCCCCCCCGUACCAGCUCAGCCCCCCUAAGAGAUCGACCCUCCUCCGGACACCCGGGACCAUCGUCUGUGCCCUGGAACCCCCCGAGGAUGAGGACGAGGACCCCGAGGACCCCGACUAUGACCUGGAUGUGUGACACGCCCCCCCCCCAGGUUUAUUGUAGGACCUAUGUAAACCCAAGGGGUUACUGUAGGACCUACGUAAACGUUGGGACCCCCAAUAAAGCUGUCGCAUUUCCCCCA